UCGCUCUGUAGUUUCAGGUUUCAAGAUGUCUGUUCCAAAAAGUUUCCAAUAUCGAGAGACUGUCAAAAAUGCAGACAACCCGGUUACUGAUGGUGGUGAGGAGUUCUCAUUGUUAACCUACAACUUGCUUGCUACCUGCCAUGUUCCACGCUGGGAUUACAGCUAUACAAAGGCGGACCCUAAAACACUCGAGCUGUCUUAUCGUCAUGCAGUACUAAUGAAGGAGGUCGAAUAUCUGGACAAUGACAUUAUUUGCUUUCAAGAGGUUGGACCGACAUACUGGAAGGAAACUCUGGAGGCAGAUAUGAACAGGCUGGGGUAUGUAGGUGUGUUUGUCAGGAAGAAGGAGGACAAUGAUUACUAUGAUGAAGGGUGUGCCACACUUUGGAAGAAAUCAAAAUUUACUUUAGAAGAAAAGACGUUGCUCUAUCUAGGGGAUGAAGCAGGCAAAAUUGUGGAGGGCUUGAAUAUUGGUGGUGACCUAGAAAUAUAUUCCAUGUUGAAAACUCGCUAUAUUGACCGUCCUGAAGUACUGUUGGUGACGAAGCUGCAGUCAGUGGUUUCGAAGGAGGUUGUGGUGAUAGCAAAUACGGAAGGGAGCCGACUUUGACACACUUUGAUAAUAGCCUGCCAUUUACCUUGGACUAUAUUUUCUACGGCGCCAAGGCCUCGGAGAAACAACUGACAAGUCUGUCGGUGAUAGACUUUCCAGAAGUAGAAAAAUGGACAAAGACACUGCCUCCUGAUGACGAUUUCCCCUCUGAUCAUCUACCUGUGACUGGUGUUUUUAGACUUUGAUAAACAAUAUUAAUUAGUGAUUUGUAAGAAGAAGAAUACAAAUUUCUAAUAUAUACUCUGAUAUGAUAUAUAGAAAGACAAACAAAGAUGCACAAGUGAAUAAUUCCGACUCUUUUUAUGUUAAGGCAAUAUGAUAACGCUAUAGCAUAUUGCUGCCAGUUGUGAACUGUAACCUGCUUUAUCCGUUAUAAUGCUGAUCCUAUCAUUACUCCAUACACUGUUCAGGCUAUUAUACAUAUUUAGUAGGACCCAUGGGGUAAGGCAUGGCUAAGCAAUUUGAGGCGACAUUCAAAAGCAGUUGAAUGUAGACUAACCUUACACCUAGUGCACUAUUAGUGGCUGGGUUUAUCGCCCUGUGAACAGCUCCUUCCCGUGUAUGGGGCCGGUCUGUGCUGUCAUUGUUGUGUCCGUAUGCAAGACACUUUACCCUAAUUGCUUUGGAAGUCAUGUGAUGGGCCUCCUGUAUCUUGUUUAGGGAUGUAGUCACCAACUACUACAAGGAGACAAGGCCUCAAAAUGACACUGAGUGUCGAACCAUGACCCUAGGAUCCUCUCCUGAGGUAGCAUGAUCAACACUCCAAACAACUGAGCUGUCACAGCCUCCCGUAAAAACUUGUAGUGCACUACAUAUAGCAAGUAGCAUAGUGCUCUAUAGUCAAACACUAAAAACCCCCGUACAGGUAAUGGGCAGUGCCCAUGGCUACCUGUAAUUUUUACCUGUAGGUUAUCUCCACUUUUUGUUUAUCAGUUUAAGUUUGAAAAAGUUGUACCUUAGGUCUAAAUUAUGCUUACAUUAAUUAAUUUGACACUUUGAUGGGUCAUCCUAGGUAAUCCCAUUAACAUGUAUUAUUAUGAAUGUCAAUUAUCUCUACAAUCAUACAGUAAAUUAUCUAUGCAUGUAAAAUUGAUAUAUCUGUGUGCCAUGAAACUGUCCUGUAUGUACACAUUGCUAAUUCUGAAUAAAGAUAUAUAUUUUUUACUAUAGUUACAAUGAC